CACAUCACCGAUAGGGGAUCAUCGGCGACAUGUUCCCCCGCAUUAUCUCUGCGCCCACGUACACCAACUACACUGCGCCCAGGCCAGGCAGAGUCGACCGUUGAGCCUGGUCCACCAUCAUCAUGUCGUGGCAAUACGAAGGUCUCGCUGUCUGCCGGGCUAAAUAUUGACCUUGAUUCCUCCAGCAGUCGGCCGCCCAGAAAUCAGCAAACAUCGUCAACUAUCCCGACACCCCACCCGCAGGUACUCACCAUGUCGGGCCAGGGCGUCGUGUCGUGCAUCAUCCGCUUCGCCUGCCACAUCCCCACGGGCAUGAUGGGGGUGACAGGGCUCGGUCUCUGGAAGAACGCCCGCGACGUCGGGCCGGGCAUCUUCGACGCCAUCCCGCACGGCCAGGACUUUCUCGAGGGGCUGCGGGUCGUGGGGAACGCGGGCAUCGCGACGUUUGCGUGGAACUUCUUCAUGUUCGCUGCCUCGAACGCCUGCCGCGGCGCGCUGCUGGGCACCGUCGGGCUGGUCGACCUCGCGCUGGCCGUGGCGCUCGCCGUGGGCGCCGGCAAGCAAUCCAUGUUCCUGCCGCGGUCGUACGGCGGCUGCGACGGCGCCGCAACGGCUGGGCCCCCCGGGCAGCAGAAUUUCUUCAUCGUUGCCAACAGCACGGGCCUGUUCAGCAAUGACGACAGCGGCGCGGCCAUCUGCCACGACAUGGUGCAGAACUGGGCCGUGACAGUUGCCGUCGUAGUCGUAUACCUUAUCUGCGCCAUCGUCAACAUGUCGCUGGGAUUCGCGGACGCGUGUUCGGGCGGAUACCGCAGCCGCCGGUCGUGGGGCUCGUCGUCGGGGUACGACAUCGACGUGAUUCUCUCGCCGCUGCUCUGGCUGCUGAGCCCGGCCAUCCGCGGCAUCGACUACCUGCAGGCCGGCGGCUACUUUGGCUACCGCUACAGCCGCAGCGCGCUUUCGGUGCUCAGAGACGGCAAAUCUCCCAAGCCGCCGCCCCUGAACAGUAUCAAUAACAACAGCACGGCAGAAAAGCACAGAGCAGUCAGCCGACUCAUCCCCUCCUUCUCCGGCAGCGACAAGAAGCCGCCUGCCCAGCGCGCGGAGAAAGACGUGCACCUCCCGCUGGAGCUGGCCAUAAUGGUAGCGCGCCACGUGCACUACGCGGAUCUGGUCAGCGUGAGCCAGUCGUCGAAGCGGCUGCGCAUCGCCUUUUUCGGUCUCGCAGACCCGGCGGCCGUGCUGGACGAGCUGCAACAGCACUGCUGUCGGCCACCAACACCUACACCAUCAACAACUGCAACACCAUCAGCAACCACGACACCGUCAACAACUACAACACCGUCAACAGUAAUACCGUCUGUUACAGUGAUUCCGCACACUUCGCGGUGCCACCUCUGUAACAUCCCUAUGUGCAACGAAUGCCGCACGGACAUGUCAUCGACGGGCGCCGACGCGGCCAGCAUCGACGCGCGCACGGCACACCACCUGACGCGGUGCCGCGCGCGCUGCUCGCGAUGCUUCUUCGCCAAGGACUGCAGGUGGAAAUGGCAGCGGCCGGGGAGGCGGAGGACGAACUGGAACAGCAACACGCGGUCGAGGAAUAAUGACCGAGGCAAUCGGGCCAUGCAGGUCGACGUGGAGAUGGGCGGCGGCGGCGUAGGAGCUGGCGGCGUGUAUGUCUGCCGCAACUGCGCGCGCCGGCCAGCCGCGAACAUUGAUGCGGUUCUCGACUCUCGUGCUGCUGCAGAGGUGCGUCGUCUGGCUGCGCUGCCGCUUGCCUGCGAGUCCUGUGGCGACACCCUGCCGGCCCCCGGACCGCGCUGGUGGAUUGAUGCGGACACGGGGAAGGAGUGUGAGUGGGCGGGGCACCCGCCGUGGGCGAAGAGCCUGAGCUACUCGUAG